CGGGUCGCACCGGCGGGUCGCACCGGCGGCACGGCUCCGUUACACGCACCCCCGCGAUGGCCCCUCCCGCUGCUCCGGAGCCCAGCGCAGCGCCGUGGUGGAAUUACUUCUUCCUUUACGACGGCUCAAAGGUGAAGGAAGAAGGAGAUCCUACAAGUGCUGGCAUCUGCUAUUUUUACCCUCCUCAGACCCUUCCUGACCACCAGGAGCUGCUCUGUGGGCAGAUGGCCGGCGUGGUGCGCUGCAUGACCGAGAUCUCAGGAGCUCCUCCCAGCCUCAUUCGCCUGAGGAAGCUCAAGUUUGCUGUUGUGGUGGAUGGAGACUACCUGUGGGUUCUGGGCUGUGCUGUUGAGCUCCCUGAUGUCAGCUGUCAACGGUUCCUGGAGCAGCUGAUCAGCCUCUUCACCUUCUACAAUGGACCUGUGCACCAUGCCUAUGUGGUGUAUUCUCAGGAGGCUCUGAGCAAGAGGUGGGACAGAUACAUUGAACACGUCCAAAGAAACACCAAUGACCUCCACAGGAUCUUCAAUUCCCUCUGGAAUCUGGACAAAACCAAGGUGGACCCUCUGCUUCUGCUGAAAGCAGCUCUCAUCCUGCAGACCUGCCAACGUUCUCCCCAUGUCUUGGCAGGCUGCAUUCACUACAGAGGCCUGAUUGUGAGCACCCAGCUGCCUCCUUCUCUCACUGCCAAAGUUCUUCUCCAAGGAGAUGAGUCUCCAGCCCAGAGAGAGCCUGGAGGUGAGGAGCAGCAGGAGCCAGGUUCCCCGUGGCCGCAGGGUGUCCGCAUCAUCCCCGUGGUCCUGACGGCAGAGGAAGCCUCAACGCUCAGAGCCUUCCCAGUGGAGUGGAGGACAAGGUCACCCAUGUCUCCAGCAAGCCCUGAAGGAGAGCAGAAAGAGAAGAGUGCUCUGGAGGUUUUGGAAUCAGCAGGAGACCUGAAUAACAUCUCUCUGCAGGAGUCCCCUGAGCAAGCAUCAAGCCCAGCUGCCCCAGAAGAUGCUGUGCCAUCAAGCAGCCCUUUGAAGGGCUUCCCCAAAGUGGGAACCAGCACAAAGACUUCUCCAGCUGCAAAACUGACCAACCCAAGCAACAAAAGCUCAGAGCUUGGUAGAAAUUCAUCCUUGGCAUCAGAGAUAGGCACAGAGCAGCUGCCAAGCCCUUCCAUGCUCGAUGCUGCUGAAUAUGCUCAAGCUGCAGGCCCAUUUCUGGCAGGCUUUGCCUUUCCAAACCCUUAUGCCCAGGAGCAGGAGAGGCAGAGAUUGAGACAAUCCCUUAUGGACUCUGAGCAACGUGGUGUUCAAAGCUCUCCAGCCAGUGGCAGCCCAGCUCUCGGUGUUCAAAGCUCUCCAGCCAGUGGCAGUCCAGCUCUCGGUGUCCAAAGCUCUCCAGCCAGUGGCAGCCCAGCUCUUGGUGCUCAAAGCUCUCCAGCCAGUGGCAGCCCAGCUCUUGGUGUUCAGAGCUCUCCAGCCAGUGGCAGCCCAGCUCUCGGUGUCCAAAGCUCUCCAGCCAGUGGCAGUCCAGCUCUUGGUGUCCAAAGCUCUCCAGCCAGUGGCAGUCCAGCUCUUGGCUCUCCUUCCCAAGAGCUGAGCAAAAAGAGGCCAAGUCAGCAAGAUGAGCAAGGGACUCUGAGCCAAAAUGGUGUCCCUGGAGAAAGCAGUGGCACAGCUGGUGGCAACGUGCAGAGUUUGGACUGUUCAGCCACUGCUGUGCAAGCAGAGCUGCAGAGGAGUCAGCUGUCAGCUGCUGAGCUUCAGGAGAGCCUGCCUGGUGACCCAGCAGAGAGCACACACUGUGCCAGCAGCAGGGAGAGGGACUGGGCACCACAAGUGGGCAGUCUGGGAGCCCAGGCUGCUGUGGAGGCAGGCAGACCAUGCCAAGUGUUUAAGAUGAGCUUGUAUGUUCACUGCAUUAAGGGGCUUGUGCUGUCCCUCCUGGCUGAAGAGCACCUCCAGGAGGACCAGAGCUGUGUUGAGGAUGUGUACCACAGCAGCCUGGCUUCUCUGAAUGGCCUCGAGGUUCAUCUGAGGGAGACUCUACCCAAAGACUCCUCCUCAUGCUCCUCCUCAGCCAAGACAACCUACAGCUUCACCCACUAUGACUGCAUUCAGAACGUGCUCACAGCCAACCUGCCCCACACACCUGGUCCCCUGGAGCGGCACUUCCUGCGAGCCACCACACUGAUCCACUCGGACUUCAGCCAGCUCCCCACUGCCUCCGAGGUGAUCAUCAGGAAUGCCUCCACUGCCAUCUAUGCCUGCAGGAACCUCGUCCAGGAAACCUACUUCCAGCAGCUGGGUGCUCCACUGCGCAACUCUGGUGUCCCCAACCCCCACGACAGUGCCUUCAGCCUGCCCAGCAAGGCCAAGCAGAAGCUGCUGAAGCAUGGAGUCAACCUGCUCUGAGCCCAGCUGCUGGGACACUCAGCCUUCAUCUCCAGUGAGGAACAUCUCCAAGCUCUUCAUCCUGCAGGAGGCACAAGGCUCUGUGCCAGGUCCAUGGGGUCUGCUGCCUGCUGUGCCCUGAGAAAGGGCUGCUCUUGGUGCCCUGUUCCUGCACACUCUGUGUGCCAGGUCCAUGGGGUCUGCUGCCUGCUGUGCCCUGAGAAAGGGCUGCUCUUGGUGCCCUGUUCCUGCACACUCUGUGUGCCAGGUCCAUGGUGUCUGCUGCCUGCUGUGCCCUGAGAAAGGGCUGCUCUUGGUGCCCUGUUCCUGCACACUCUGUGUGCCAGGUCCAUGGUGUCUGCUGCCUGCUGUGCCCUGAGAAAGGGCUGCUCUUGGUGCCCUGUUCCUGCACACUCUGUGUGCCUGGGCUGGAGGAGCUGGCAUGAGCACUUACCAAAGCCUGAAGGUAGCAGCAUCUGUGUGUGCACACCUGAGACCUUUCAUGAUGCUCUGCCACCACUGAGUGCCUUGGCCUAGAGGAAAACCUCCUCUUGCUGUAAGCUACACAGACAUGAAGCUCCUGGGCAGCACUGGAGUCCAGAGAUGCCAGACACUGCAUCUGCCUGGGGUUCUGUGCCUGCACUUGCCCUGGGCAGAGCUGGGCUUUAUUUAUGUCCCUUAAUCCAUGGCAAUACCCCAGCCUGCCUUGCCUUGGCCAGCAGAGGUGAUGUUCUGCAUCUUCUCAGGAGAGCUGGAGCACAGCAAGUGCUGCAGAACUCCUCACAGGUGCUGUCAGGAGGAGGUUUAUGCUGGACCUGGAGCCAGGAGAUCCUUAUCCUGAUGGGUGAUGGUGCAGCAGAGUGCUGCCCACCAGCCUGCCCUGGUGAUGGUGGUGGGAACCUCCUGCCUGCUCCUCAGCUUUCUGUUUUCUCCCCUCCCUCCUGCCUCAGGACCUUGUUUCAUCUCCUUACUCUUGCUGCUCUGGCUCUGUUGACAGGAGAAAGCAACUGGGAGCCCUUAAGCUUAAGGACCAAAGAGGUUUUGUAGCCCUCAACAGAUGUUCUCCUUCUGCUUGGCUGGUAGUUCCCUCUUGGGGCUGGGGGGACUGGUGGUGACCUGGGUGAUGGAUACCUGCAGCUGGCUGGGCUGUGUUCCAGAGCCUGCUGCUGUUAACAGUUAUCACUGUCACUGGAAAAUAAAAAGAGAGCCCCCAAGGCUCACCCAAGUGAUGGGGCCAGAAUCUCA